AUGGCAAUACAGCAGCUUUCAAAACCCUAAUCGGCCACCAUUGUGAAGGAGAUUCCACUGCUUACUUUGAAUAUUUUAGCGGUUUUUGCGCUAGUUUCGGGAGAAAUAAAACGUUUUCUACAGCCAGUUAUAACAUGCAAUAGUUCACACAUAUAAAAUAAGUGGCAAUUUAUUGUAAAACAGCUUAUUUUCAAAAUCAAAAUGUGUUCAAAAUGUCACGCGAAGUGAGCAUCAGAUUUACGAACACCAUACCAUGCACUAAAUAAAUUUAGUUUUCUUUCAAACGAGUGUUUGAUGAAUGUUAGAAAUAAGUGCUUUGUGCUCGCGUUACAUGUGGCAUGCGUUGGAUAUUCGAACGAGCGUGUUGCGCACAUAAGAGUGUUUCAGAAGUUUCUGUACACGUCGUAAAGGAACGCAGUUACGCGGGCGAAGGCUUCAAAGUUGCCGGCAUCAUUAUGGUGGACUGAAAUAUUGUUUGUUGACGGAUCAGUGUUGGAUACAGAUUGUAAACAGUGGAUCGUGAGGGCCGCGCUGCGCGCACGAUGUCCGGCGGUUCGCAGCACAACCCGAAUGGUCGACAGUCUCAGCUGGGCCCCAGUUGGAGCCCUCUGCAGUUACAGAUGGCGAAUUUAUUGGCGCGCGCUCCUCAAGCGCACAUGGCGUCGGAUAGAGGAGUGACGUGGCACACGCCGACGCCGCCGCCCCAUCUAUACCAUGUGCAGGCGCCUUCGCCCCCAGACCCUUUACAGGCGAUGAAGAGUGCAGCAGGUAACUCUGUGUUCCGCCACACGGCCACGCCGCCAGAGUUAUACCGACACACUCCGACGCCGCCCGACAAACAUCUCCUUAGAAGUUUCAAGCAAAUGAAAAAUAUGUAUGAAAAAGCGUUGAGCGACCCUAGCGGAUUACGGAGACAUACACCGUCGCCAGGCGAUGUUAAGGGCGGGGCACCGUUACUUCCCGUUGAUUUGUAUCAACACAUGGGACCAGCUAGGGACAAACUUGUACGCGCCGAAGAACUCCUAGCAUACGCGCGCGUUGGUGUGGACUUGUCACUGAGCAGUGCGCGGUCGUCCAACGGGUCGGCGGCGUCGCCCGCGCCCGCGCCGCCCACCCCGCCCGCGCCCCCCGCGCACCCGGACCAGCCCGCCGCGCACGCGCCGCCCGCGCUCCCCGCGCCCGCAGCACCGCCCGCCGCCGCGCCCACACCGCCCGCCGCCCCUGCCGCGCCCGCACUUUCCGUGCGGGAUGCACCCACUAUCAACAGCCUCAUAGCUCGCGCACAACCGCGGCUCCCGCAUGCGCGCGUCGAUGCACUGCUGGAGCGGCUGGUGCCGUCGCCCGUAUCGCCACACUCGGUCAUCAUGCACUCACGGGCUGCGCCCACACCUUCCCCGCCCUCUUCAAAUGAGGAUUCAGCAGAUUCGUGUGGCGCACCUCCUGGCUCGAAACGGAAACGUAAGCCGGAACGCACGGUGCGCGUGCCAUCGGCGCCACCCCCGCCUGCUCCGUGUGAGCCGCCACGAGACCCUCCUGCAGCAAACCCUGUACCUGCUAGAGUUUCUCCGCCGCAACGAGAUCCACCGUUAGAAAAUGGAGAUGCGGAACACUUAAAGAACGGACCAGAAGAUAAACCUCCCAUCACUCAAGCGCCGGAACGUCCCCAUGUUCGGAGAAAAACGCGGUCUGGUUCCGCAGAAACUAUAGACGAUAUUGCUGCAAUGAUUGCAAGCACUGGCGACCCCACUCCACCUACUUCCGACCCACCUCCAAUAUCCGAACAACCAGAACCAGCCGCUACUGUAACCGUAGAUAAAUUAAAAAGCGUGUUAGCGAGUCCUGAACCGGAACAACCUGCAGAAUCAGAAGUUGAAGCCCCUGUGAGGACAGAAGAAAAGGAACAAACGCCAGCGCCAGUGGUAGCGACUCCGGCUGCGCCGAGACGUCGCAGCGUCCGUACCUCUAAUUCAGAAGCGCCAAAUGUUCCAGUUGAAUCCCCAUCUGAAGCGAAACCCGCAGAGCCAGAGACGAGCGAUUCUAGGACUGCAGAGCCAACUGCUGCAAGCUUUGUUGAGGUAGAAAACCAGUUAGAAAAGAUGUUCGCAGCAUUGGAAGAAGAAAAACCUAGUGUUAAUUCAGAUACUCAGGAAGCAUCAGUACAACCAUCAUCAUCGACUGCAAAUCCGCGAAAAAGACGAAAAUCCGCACCCGCUAGAGGCGAAAGGAGACGGAUGAGAGAAGAAGGUCCAAGACGAAAAACGCCUCGGAAGAAAUCAGACGUUGGGCGUGUACGAAAAUCAAAAGAAGCCCCAAUCAAAGAUGCGUACGAUUCCGGCAGCAAUGCUAGUUCGAGUCGGUCAAGAGGUCCAUAUAUUCAGAUUCGCGGGCCGUGCGACUCACCAGUGUCAGUGAGCGUUAUGAACGCUUCCACCGGAGAGGAUGAAGACUCAGGCUCGCGGCGUAAAGGCGAGGAAUUCCGUAACGGCGCGCGAGCCUCGCGUGGCUUGCACGCCAGUGCACGCGGCCUGCACGCAAGCACGCUCGGCCUCCGCUACGACGCUACCACGCCCGACCUCACCUGGCUCUGCGCCUUCUGCCAGCGCGGACCGCACGCCGCUUCGCUCGGCGACCUGUUCGGACCUUAUGAGCUUGAAGAAGACUGCGACGAAUACAGAGCUCUGGACGAAAACACGCGUCGUCGGUUCAGCGCGACGGGUACCGCGAUAUGGUUCCACGAGGCGUGUGGCGUAUGGGCGCCGGGGCUGGUGGCGGCGGGCGCGCGGCUUUGGGGGCUGGCCGCCUCGGUGUGGGGGGCGCGCGGGGCGCGGUGCGUGCAGUGCGGGCGCGCGGGCGCCGCGCUGGCGUGUGCGCACCGCGCCUGCCCCGCGCGCGCGCACCUGCCGUGCGCCACGGACGCGCAGUGGGCGCUGGACGAGCGAGAGUUCCGCGCGCUGUGCCCGCGACACGCCUAGCGGCCGGCGGCCGCGCGCCUGCCUCCGCCCGGGCCCGCGCCCGCCCGUCCGCAGGCUCCGUAGCGACGCCGACGGGCUGAGCCCUUGUCACGCUUCCUCGCCGUGUCGGAAGCGUACACCGAAAUAUACUCACGUGGUAUCUGAUGAGAGAAUCUCUGGCAGUGGUCGUACAUUCGUCGUCCGAAGUGCGACGUGUAUAAAGCGACUGUUGUGUUCGUUGAUUGUCAACUUGGAUCGUAGUUCCAGCUCUAAAACUGUGUUUUACCUGUCUUGUCCACCUCCCCAGUCGUGACGUGAGAUGCGUUAGGUGGAAGUAUUGUAGAUUAAUUAUUUGUUAAACUUUAUAGAAUGCAUUGUUCUGACGCUCCCAUCCCGGCGACGAAUAUGAAAAAAUGUGUACAGAGUAUUUUACAUAUUGACAAAAUAGUGCUGAUCAGUACGUAGUUUUUAACGAUGGAAGCUCUAGCAUAUUUGUAAAUAUAGAUACAUUUAUGUAAAUAGCAGUUUUAUGCAUCAGAAUACCAUUUUAUAAUGCAAAUAUGAUAUGUAUACAGGCAUUAUGUGGCGAUUUAAUGAAAUCAAAGAAAGUAUUUGUUAGUGUAAUGAACCGCAAGUUUGACGAAUCAAAAGUCUUUAUUUUGCUUAAUCUCUUAUUGAAUUAGAUAUCGCGUAAAAAAGAGAAUAUUUCAAUAUUAUGGCAAAACAGACUGAGUUUGCAAUGAGAUUCAAUUGAAGAGGCCACUAUAUACGGGUUCAUGGUGGACACAUGGUAUCCACAAAUCAAACGAGUGUUUGUCCGCCGACAACUCUUAAUAACUGUUUUAAAUUGACCUCAAUCUGUUGUUAAAUUAAUCAUGUUUUAGCGAUUAAAAUUCUAUUAAUGAAUGAAAUAUAUGUACGCACGGAUAUGUUACUUUUAUUUUCAGUGUUACGUAUGUUCGAAUAAAUGCAUAAAUGUCGUCAUAUAUUUCAUUCAUUUCAGAAUUGUUAAAGAAUCAAUAUCUCAUAUAUUGUUUACUAAGUGAUGUAACAAUACAGUGAUAUUUUAAAAGUUUUGAUGUAAUAAUUAUAUUUUAUGUAAAUUGAAGUGUCUGUUUAGUUGCCAUUUAUAGUAUCAAAACUAGUCUAAUAUAGAGUCUUGUGAUUUUAAAAGUAAAUUGUUUGGGGAUUCAUUGACAAAUUUAAUAUUUUUAAGCUCUGUGAAUACACUGGCAGGGGGUCGGGCUACAUUGUUGAGAGUGAAUUAAUUAAACAAAAGGUAACAUGGUACACGUUGGUGGCUAGCGCUCUUAAACAAAUAUCGUUACUUAUACCGUCAACUUACGCUUAAAUUAAAUGGAACAUCGAUAUUUUUAGGCGGUUGAUGAUAAAUUGACAGCUUGCUUGGAAUUCAUUUAUAUUUAAUGCAUGCAAAAACGUUCAUUUUAGGUUCAAUCAAUGUAUUUACAACUACGCUUAAGGCCCUGAUCGAAAGAAAUUUUCUUUUUUUAUUACCCUCUGGUACAAACUUUGAAUUCUAGCGAUCCUGACGCGGCUCGUAAAUAUUGUAUGGUUUUCCACUUAAUCACUGUUUCUAGAUUUGUUUAAGCAAUUCCUUGACUUCAUUGCUGUUUCACCCCUCACAUAGCAUGUUACUGCGAGUAUGCUCGUUAUCCAAACCUGGGUACUAUGAUUUACAUCUGUCAGUACUUUUAAGUGUGAUUAUGUUUUAUUGUCUUCUAUUUUUUACUUUUAUACGUACAUCACAUAUUAAAGUACACACUAUUGUAUGUGCAAGUUCUACAUAUUUGUAAUGAUCUUAACACAAAAAAGAUAUCCAUUUCCUUAAUAUCAUAUAAGCUUUAAUGCUGGUUAUCAUCAGACCGCGUGAAAAUGUUGUGUAUUUCAUGUAUAAGAAUUAGUAAGGAAAUAUAUUCGUUUCGCUGAGUACGAGCACGCUAUUGGUUCCGCCAACAGCGGAUGCGACGGGGCGGGGCGGCGACGCGACGCUGGGCAAUUGUAACGAACUUGUUAAUAUAGAAUCCGUCGCAUGUAACUGACGCGCUCGACGCCCGCCGACGCGGCGCUCCGCGCAACUCACGAACUGUUCACGCCCCGCCCGCGUCCCGUCGUCGGCGCGCUCCGUCUGCUGUUGGGCGAAACCAUAAUCCUGCGUGCUCGUCCCGGCUCUAUUAAUAAUAAUGUACUUUAAUUCCAGUGAAUAGAAAAAAUAGACUUUAUUUAGAGAGUAUUAAGGUACAAAUUUAUUGUAGGAAGAAUUUGGCCAGUUAUGCAGUUGUGAAAGAAAAACUUGGGACAUUUGUGAUCAAUCUCGGACGCGAACGGAUUGACGGUCAGAGCAUCCCAAAGCCUUGAUAUUUGUAAAUGGUGUAAGAUUUUUUUUUUUAACACUUACGGCAAAUGAUUACUUUAUUAAGUAUGUAAUUGUUAUAAAUUAUAUUUAUCAUGACAUUAUAAGCAAAUUGAAAUACAACAUGUUUAAAUGAGGUA